AUGGCUCCGUAUGGUUUGUUGGAUCCGGUGCCCUUGGUCAGUUUUGAAAGCAAAGCCCAGUUCUCUGCGAGUCGAGCUCUGAGUUUGGCCAGGAGUAAAUACUUUAAGCUCCCGGAGACGGAGAGCCGCCAGGUCGACGUGUGGAGCAUCAAACCGCCGGAUUUCUCCCUCAAACUCUACAGAUCUCUGUCUGUUCCUCAGAGGAAAGAGAGGAAGACCCUGACUGUUCCAGCAGAUCGACAGACAACGGGAACAAGUGGAAGAUUUCUGCCUGAUGUUUCAUGUGAGACUUACGAGAGGAUCGACCGUGUGAAGUUCAUCAGAUCGCACAGGCCUCCGGACGCUCUGGAGUCUCAGCUGAAGUUCGUCAGGACGGGAAAGUUUCCGUCUGAACCGUACGUGAACCCCCGACCUCACGACUUCAGACCGCUGGAUGAAAACCUUCCAGACAUAGUUACCACAUACGAUAGGGAUCCUGGGAACCUGACUUUAAAAUUAAAGCAUUUGGACACAAUGCCGACCCCACGAUGCGACACUCGCUGCACUUUGAGGGAAACCAGGACGAAGAUGGACACAUUUAAACCUGCAGAGCCUCAAUGGGACAGGAGGCUCGUCUUCCCUCAGUCUCCCUGGCCUCCAAAAUCUGCUUCCUACACUAGACAUCGGAGAAGAAGAGGAGCGUACAGCGCCUUCAUCGAUCGGGUCGAAGAGAAACUCUCAAAAUCCUGGAACCUUCCAUCAUGA